AACUACAUCCAGAAACAUUACUUAUCAAUUAUUAUUUCUGUCAACUUUUGGCCGAGUGGUUUUUAUUGUGGAUUGUUUACGUUUCGUCGGAAAACAUAAACCAUGUGCCCGGCGACCCGACAGCACUGGUCAUUUUGCGAAAAGUAGUCAUCGAAAGAAAGGGAUUGGUUGUGGCUGGAACUGUCUGUGAUUUAUUAGAUCGUAUUUUUUGGAGUCUUAAGAACUAAAAGGGGAAAAUGCAGUUUAUAUUGGUUAUUGUCGGAGUUUUCCUGAAAUUUCUUGUUGUAUCUGCGAUGCCGGAAAACGUAAUAAGUUUCCAGAGAGCGGCGGAAAAGUUCCAAGAAUCUGUACAGCAACAGACAUUUGAAAGUGUCCUGAUAGCGAUAGAAGAUCGUCUUCGUAACUUAGACAACAUCUACACCAUGCAACUAUCAGAAACUCUAAAAAGCAAACUAGACCAAUACAGUCGAAAGCUGGACGUUUUAGACACUAAACUUAUUCGAUUAGAGUCUAUGGCCAUGCUAAACCUCAACCAAAUAUCCGAAAAUAUUAGUAAUAAAAAUUAUAAGGAUGAUUUGGCUAAGACGCAGCUUUAUAAAAAACUUGAAACAUUUUAUGAAGGAUUAAGUCACAGAAUGAAUUAUGUCGAUAGGAAAAUUGAGAUUGGAUUUGAUAAAAUUCAGAGUAAAGUUGAUUCAACGCUGCAAAGGUUGGAAAGGAUGGAAGAGGAUAUGAUUCAAAGAAACUCUGACAUAGAGUCUGAGUUAUCUGAAACAUUAUCAACUUUGGAAGAUUACAGGAGCUCAAUAGUAAAAACUGAUAAGAUUUUAAUAAACAUAAGCAACUCUUUAGAAAGCACUGUACAAGGCGGACAUAUGCUGAGAGAAGUAAAUUUCACAGUUAACAAUAUGUUUUUAAACCUAACAAGGCGAUUUAACACUCUGGAAAAUACGCCUUUAGUAACUGACAUGAAGAAAGAAUUAAAGAAUGAUUUUAACUCAUAUGCAAAUAAGGUCUCAGACAUGAACAUGGAAAUAUGGAAACGAAACGACUUAAUGGAAGAACGGUUAAAAAUAAUGGAAACGGCGGUUAAUGCCACCAGAAUCGAGGUUCAAAACGGCAUGCGGGCGUUGAUGGUGCAAAUUGGCAAGUCAUCUGGAAAAGUUAUCCCUGUUAACGAUAUAAAUCCGGAGGAAUCGUGGAGAAAAUACGUAAACAUAUCUUUGGAAAAACUGCUCCUAAAUCAAGAUUUAUUUCUGGAAAGUUGCCAUAGAGUACAAAUGGAUGAGUCACAAAUUGAGUCAGAGAUCAGUCAGACAUUGGGAAAAUUAAUUGAUAUGCUGGAAACCAAAAUGACUACAGUAAUGAAAGAUUUGAAGAGCCUGGAUAAAACUGUAAAAAACCACGAUUCUAAGGCACACAGGAAUUUAAAUCAGGCAAAUACAAAUAUAAUAUCACUAUUCGAAAAGAGUGUCCUGGCAAAUGACAAUACUGCAAAAGAGCUGCAAGAUAUUAAGUUCUAUAUAAAUUCAUUAUUUACAUAUCUUCAAGAUGUUUUGCCUAAGAGAAGAGGGAAAAAAAUUGAGGAUGUUUUAUCAGAUGUAUCAUCAAAUGUGUCCAUUAUGAUAAAUUUGUUUGACAGCUGGAACAAACAAAUGAAGAAUCAACCAUCAGGAACAACGGAUUUGACACAAAUAAUACCAACAUUUACUAAACACUUAAAUUUAAGUGAGGAUAUGCACAAAACACUUAAGGAAAUUAAAAUGACUAUAAUGGAUCUUCAAAAUCAUAUUAAUAAAUCUAGUGAUAAUUCCUCUACACUGAAAACUGAAUUACCAAAAAGGAAAUGUGUGCAGAAUUAUAGGCAUUUAAUAGAUGUAAGAGGUGAUUUUACUAUUUGUAACGAGACUGUUGAAGAUGAUGUUAUAACACAUCAAAAUCAAGAAAAAGUGAUUUGGCAAAAUCCAUCUUCAACCACAACUGAAAAAGUAGCUCAUGUUGAAACUAAUGAAGAUCUGAGCAAGGUACUUAUAGAAAUAUUUGGAACACCACCACCUUUAAAUGCUAAAAACAUAACUACAAACAAACAGAAUCAAGAUUUUAAAACAACAUCUUUAAAUUCUUUAGGUUUAUCAUCUACAACUGAAAAAGUAACUCAUGUUGAAAAUAAUGAAGACCUUAGCAAGGUAUUUCUAGAAAUAUUUGGAGCUCCACCACCUUCAAACGCUAAAAACACAACCACAAACAAACAGAAUCAAGAUUUAAAAACAACAACUUUAAAUUCUUUAGAUUUAUCAUCUACAACUAAGAAGAUGGGUACAAAGGAUGAUUGCAUACCACAAUGGGCAAAUUUCAUAAACAUAAGAGCGGGUGUCCCAAAUGCACAAGAAACAGUAAAUUGCACAAGCAAAGUUAAAAAGAACAAAACAAAGAAAAAGAGGAGGAAGCAAAUCCAAAGACCCAUCUUCACAUCAAGGUUCAAUGUAGAUGAUGAUCAAAAUGUUGAAAAUACCGAAGGUGAUGAAUAUGAUGAAGAUGUGGUGUCUACAGAAAUAAAUACUGAAAAUAUAUUAUUUACUUCCACUGAAGUUGACUACACAAAUGGUGAUUCUUCAGAAUAAUAAAUCAAAUUACUGUAAAACUUAUGUAAAAUUGUAAUUUUAGAAUAACUAAUAAAUAUUCUCAUAUUAUUUUAAACAUAUGAUACUAACAUAGGUUAAUUAAUCAUUAUACUUUAGUUGUGCUGUUCUUUAAAAGCUUGAUAUAAAACGUUUCAGUAAAUAAGAGAAUAUUAAACUAUUUUUUUU